UCAACUCUAAAAGUCAAUAUCGCGGAUCAACUUUUUACUGUUUAGAGAUCGUGGUUCACAGUCUCUUUAACCCUACUAAACAAACCCUGUAUGCUUUUCCUAAUUUAGUCUCCAAAGAGAUUUUAAAGGUCUUAGCCUCCCACACUUAUCACCACCAAAAAUAUCUCUUUACUUAUGAAAAAAGAACUAGAGGAUGGCGAUUGAAGGACUGA